AUGACAUCAGUGAUGACAUCAUGGAUGGUAUAAAACACUAGCUGAAGAAUCGGAAAAUAUCAGAGACCCCAGUCCACACACUGUGCUUUGGCUUGAUCAUCAUGCGUGAAAUUGUACAUCUACAAAUUGGACAAUGCGGAAACCAGAUUGGCUCAAAGUUUUGGGAAGUGAUCAGCGAGGAACAUGGCCUUAACGCUACAGGCGUCUAUGAAGGAGAUAGCAACCUCCAACUUGAAAGGGUCAAUGUGUACUUCAAUGAGGCAAAUGGUGGUAAAUAUGUGCCCAGGGCUUUGCUGAUUGACCUGGAGCCCGGAACCAUGGACAGUGUUAGAGGGAGCCGCAUCGGCGCCCUCUUUAGGCCAGACAACUUCAUCCAUGGGAACUCCGGAGCCGGCAACAACUGGGCCAAGGGCCACUACACGGAGGGGGCUGAGCUGGUGGACCAGGUGAUGGACCAGGUGAGGCAUGAGAGCGAGAGCUGCGACUGCCUGCAGGGCUUCCAGUUCGUCCACUCCCUGGGUGGGGGCACCGGCUCCGGCAUGGGCACCCUGCUCAUCAACAAGAUCCGCGAGGAGUACCCCGACCGUAUCAUGAACACCUUCAGCAUCAUGCCCUCGCCCAAGGUGUCCGACACGGUGGUGGAGCCCUACAACGCCACGCUCUCCGUGCACCAGCUCCUGGAGAACACGGACGAGACCUUCUGCAUCGACAACGAGGCCCUCUACGACAUCUGCUUCCGCUCCCUCAAGCUGACCACGCCCUCCUACGGCGACCUCAACCACCUGGUGUGCAUGACCAUGAGCGGGGUCACCACCUCCCUGAGGUUCCCCGGGCAGCUCAACGCCGACCUGAGGAAACUGGCCGUCAACAUGGUGCCCUUCCCCCGCCUGCACUUCUUCAUGCCGGGCUUCGCGCCGCUGACGGCCCGCGGCAGCCGCCAGUACAGCGCCCUCACCGUGCCAGAGCUCACCCAGCAGAUGUUCGACCCGCGCAACAUGAUGACGGCCUGCGACCCAAGGAGGGGGCGCUAUCUGACGGUGGCCGGCAUGUUCCGGGGCCGGAUGUCCACGCGGGAGGUGGACGAGCAGAUGCUGAGCAUGCAGCAGAAGAACAGCCACCACUUUGUGGACUGGAUCCCGCAUAACGUGAAGGUGGCCGUUUGCGACAUCCCGCCCCGGGGCCUGAAGAUGGCGGCCACCUUCAUCGGCAACAACACGGCCAUCCAGGAGGUGUUCCGGAGAGUGGGGGAGCAGUUCGCCCUCAUGUUCCGACGCAAGGCCUUCCUCCACUGGUACACGGGGGAGGGCAUGGACGAGAUGGAGUUCACCGAGGCCGAGAGCAACCUCAACGACCUGGUGUCGGAGUACCAGCAGUACCAGGACGCCACCGCCGACCAGGGAUUGGAGGAGGAGGAAGAGGCAGAGGAAGAGGCGGAGGUAGAGGCCCGGCCGCCGAUGACAACCUCGACAAAGGCUCAUGCGAAGGUUCAGUCUCGCACCGAAUCGGUGAAGGAGCAGCGAGUGAGCGAAAUAGUGAUUGAAACCACGGAAAGUGAUGAGGACCUGUGAAAGUCGUGUCAACGUUUAUAGUGAAUGUGAUCGUCGAACCGUGCAGAUUUACUCGUUGUUUUUUGUUUUGUGCGAUUGCAAAUAGACUUGACCUGGGAAUGGUAUUUUCGAAUACUUUCGAAAUAUUUAUAUUGUAUGCAUGCUCAUUAAGUUGUUCACUAAUGCACGUUUGCGCAAUGCUUUGGUGGUCACUCUUUUUUUAAUCUAAAUUCUAAAAUCCUUCAUGUUUGAAUCAAGGUACCUUUGAAUAUAGUAAAAUCCACAAAUUGUCUUGCAUUUUUAUAAUAAAUGUAUGUUUUAUGUGUACAUUUGAUAGUUAGUCAACUUCAGAGAUUAUAACGAAGUUGUACAGAAAUUAAAUCAGUUUUAGCUUUG